AAGUAUAGAGAACAGACAUCCAGCUAUUUUUGCUAUAUGUUGUAACCACUGUGUAUGUUCUUUUCACACAGAUUAUCUUGAUAAUGGUAAUAAUAAAAUGGCAAUCCAGCAGGCAGAUAAACUGCUGAAAAAACACAAGGAUCUUCACUGUGCUAAGGUUCUAAAGGCAAUUGGCUUGCAGAGAACUGGGAAGCAAGAUGAAGCAUUUGCUCUAGCACAGGAAGUAGCAGCGCUUGAACCCACGGAUGACAACUCUUUGCAAGCAUUAACUAUCCUUUACCGAGAAAUGCAUAGACCGGAGUUGGUAACUAAGCUUUACGAGGCAGCUGUAAAGAAAGUUCCCAACAGCGAGGAAUAUCAUUCUCAUCUCUUCAUGGCCUAUGCCAGGGUUGGGGAAUACAAGAAGAUGCAACAGGCUGGAAUGGCACUUUAUAAGAUUGUUCCCAAAAACCCUUACUAUUUUUGGUCUGUGAUGAGCCUAAUUAUGCAGUCUAUUUCAGCCCAGGAUGAAAACCUCUCGAAAACUAUGUUUUUGCCUCUAGCCGAAAGAAUGGUGGAAAAAAUGGUGAAGGAGGAGAAGAUUGAAGCAGAGGCUGAAGUUGAACUUUACUACAUGAUUCUGGAACGCUUGGAGAAGUAUCAAGAAGCCUUGAGUGUUGUUAGAGGAAAACUAGGAGAGAAGUUGACAAGUGAACUCCAGAGUCGAGAGAAUAAGUGUAUGGCAAUGUACAAGAAGCUGGGCAAGUGGCCAGAAUGCAACGCGCUGUCUCGGAGGCUGCUUUUGAAAAACUCAGAUGAUUGGCAGUUCUAUAUAACUUAUUUUGAGUCAAUUUUUCAACUGAUUGACUACAACUGGACUCCUCCAGCAGAAGGAGAGCACUCUUUGGAAGGAGAGGUGCAUUAUUCUGUAGAGCAAGCUGUGAAGUUUGUAGAAGAAAGGAUAACAGAAGAAGCAAAGAGCUCUCGGCCACUUCGGGGACCAUACCUAGCUAAACUGGAGCUGAUUAGACGUUUGCGGCACAGAGGUUGCAACGAUGAAUAUAAACUAGGUGACCCAGAAGAACUAAUGUUUCAAUACUUCAAAAAGUUUGGGGACAAACCCUGCUGUUUAACUGAUUUAAAGGUGUUUGUGGACCUCCUUCCAUCCAGCCAGUACACAAAGUUCAUCAAUCAGUUGCUUGGAGUCAUACCUUUGUCAGCACCGGUAGAUGGUGAUCUUGCAUUACCAGCUGACAUCAAAGCUUUGCAACAGCACUUGUGCGUGGUACAGCUAUCAAGAGUGCUAGGUCUCUAUCACAGCGUUGACAAGACACAAAAGCUGAGCAUUGUCCGAGAGUUGAUGUUAAGAUACCAUCACGGACUGCAGUUUGGGAAAUCUUGUUUAAAAACUGAGUUGCAGUUUUCAGAUUAUUACUGCCUGCUUGCAGUUCACCUGCUCCUUGAUCUGUGGCUAGAGGAAGGUGAAGAGUUGGCUGUGUGGCAAUCCCUAACUUUAUUAGAAGAAGGAUUAUCUCACAGCCCUUCUAAUGCUCAGUUUAAAUUACUGCUUAUUCGAAUCUACUGCAUGCUUGGUGCAUUUGAACCUGUUGUGGAGCUCUAUUCCAGCCUUGAUGCAAAGCACAUACAGCACGACACCAUCGGUUACCUUCUGACACGCUAUGCAGAAUCACUGGGUCAAUAUGCUGCUGCAUCCCAAUCCUGCAAUUUUGCACUCAGGUUUUUCCACUCCAACCAGAAAGAUACCUCAGAAUACAUCAUUCAAGCCUACAAGUAUGGUGCAUUUGAGAAGAUCCCAGAAUUCAUUGCUUUUAGGAACAGGCUGAACUCCUCACUCCAUUUUGCACAAGUCCGCACUGAACGGAUGUUGCUAGACCUCUUACUUGAAGCAAAUAUAUCAACCAGUUUAGAAGAAAGUAUAAAGUCCAUGAGUCUGAGUCCAGAGGAGGAUGACAUUCCAUGGAAAGAUUUGCGUGACAACAGAGACUUAACAGUCUUAUUUAAUUGGGAUCCAAAAGACAGGGAUAUUUCUGAAGAACACAGGAGACUGUCAUUAGAGGAAGAAACCAUCUGGUUGCGAAUCCGAUCUUUAACUUUAAGGCUAAUAAGCGGACUUCCAAGUCUUAGUCAUGCUUUUCAGCCAAAGAACUCUGAAAAGACUGCUGAGAAUGGAGUUUCAUCCAAGAUUGAUACAAUUCGUGCUCUGCUUCAGCAGCUGGAAGUGGCCAUGGAUUCAGGGAAGAGGUUUCUAGAGCAGACAAUUCAGUAUCCUGUCCUUGGCCCUCCUCCUACCCGGAUGGCUGGCUUCUUCAGCAAUGGCAGCUGUCAGUGCCAGACUAGCUUGUUUUAUCUUGUUAGUGAUAUUUAUGAACUAGAUACCAAUGGCUUAGAAGAUUCAGCAGACAUCCAGGAGAGGAUAGGGAAUAGUUUAAAAUCAUUACUAGAACAAUUAACAGAUUUGUUCAAUAAAUGUAAAGGUGACUUGAUUGAAGUCAGAGAUGGCAUCUUGAAAACUCAUCCGAACGUUUUAGAAAACGUAGUCUUCUUUGUUGAGACUCUCUCCAUCACCCUGUGGGUUUCAAGUUACUGUGACAGUGUCCUCCGACCCUUCAAAUCAAACUUGCAAAAAAAGAAGAAGAAAAAAAAAGAAACCAGCAUAGUUAUGCCUCCUGUAUUCACCAGUUUUUUGGAUUAUGUUACUGAGCUACAGACAUUAACUUCCAAUGUUAUAGAUCAUAUCAAAGGGCUUGAAGUAAUGUUGACUGCACUAAAACUUGAAGAACUGUCCCUUGAGGACACUUUACUUUCACAGGAAGAAAAAAAGUUUACAAAGACUGUGCAAGGAAAAGUCCAGAGCAGUUACCAGCAUUCAAUUCAGGAAAUUGGAGAGCUGCUGAAAAAGAGACUUGAUACUGUUAAAAAACUAAAGAUUUAAGAAAUGCACCGUAGGCAUAAAGUCUCCCUGACAGAGUGACAUCAUAAUCCCAGACAGAAGCAACAUCCGACGUACCAUCACUUUAAUCCAGAACUUCCUCACAAAUGCAUGAAGGACUUAAACCAUAAAAUGACUUUUUUUUUUUUUUUUUUAGGUAUUAAAGGUAUAUUCAGCCAAUUAAAUUAUUGUACAUAAAUCGGAAGCAGGGACCCUCCAUUGGGGUUUGACCACUUUUUAUACAUGUUCAUAAGCAUACUGCGACAGGAAAAAUUCAACUUUCUUCCCUUUUGAUCUCCAGGAACAACUGGAGAUUGGUCUUUAGAAGCAGCAAUAGAAAUCCCGUGUAAAGCAUAUAUCUCAAAGGAAUUGUAUUUUCAUCACCAUACAGUGUUUAUACUUUUUAUGUAUGGUCCUUGCCUUAGAAAAGCAGAAAUUGUAGAUGCCCAAAUUCAACAUUGGAGCUUGUGUGGCCUCUUCCACUGAAGCAGGUUAGUUCUGGAGCUCUCCGUUUUGUUGGCAAGCCACCUGGCCCUGCUUAGCUUACGAGUCCAGCGUGGAGAGGUGACCUUGUGUUGGAAGCACAUCUUUUAUUUAUAGAAAAAGCCUUCCAGCGAUGCUCACCGUGCACCAGAUAGGGUCAUACGUAAGUAACAAUACAGUUUCCUCCAAGGACUGAACCCCGGAGAGGGCUGUUUGCACACAGAUCACUUUCUAAUGGAAAGGUAAUUUAAAAAAGUACGAGCCUGAUGUAAAACACAACACAACAGAUUUAGAAAGGUGGGAAUUGGUGGUUCAGCUAAAAGCUAGAGACCGUGUACAUAUCUGCAGUGAAUUCUGACACCACAAUCUCUGAUUUCAUGUCAGUUUAGUGUAAAACAGCAAUCAUCAUGACUUUAAAAAAAGUGUACUUAGGUGCUUGAAACUUUAAAACUUAAAUAUUUUUAAUGGAAUUGAGUUCUAUUGACUUACUAUGGUUUUAAGUUGGCAGAGGUCAUUUUUGCUUCCACUGUGGUAUGAGGCUGAGAAUGUUGCUCUUUUAAAAAAGAAAAAAAUGUAUGCUUGCUUUUGCAAUUGAUCUUUUAUGAGUAUCCAAGUACUAGUACAUAAAUUGUUCUGUUAGAAAAAUGUAACUGCAUCAUCUGCUCCCAUCAGAUCUGCACUUCUGCUGUUUUAGUUUUUUAAAAAGUGAUACGGUCUAUUACAAAUAGGCACAAGAAAUACAUGUUGCACCUAGUAUCUGAGGGACACUUCAGACUUUUACAGAUUCCUUAUCUUCUGAUGGAAAAAAGCAACUAUAAUCUGAAAUCUAUAUUUAAAGUUCUAAGAGAGCUGACAACCCUAGCAUUGUCAUCUCUUCUGAAUACAUUUUUGUUAGAAAUGCUACAGUGUUGACGAGAGUAUUUUUUUAAAAUAAAUCCCUGUGUAAAAUUUUAA